AAUGGUAAUGGUGACGAGGCACAAGAAACAUCUUCCGAAGACCUACUCGUCAAAGCUUUGAUGGCCACGAAGAGAGUUGCCCAUGACGUGGACGUUGCAAGGGCGAAAAGAGACAUCGAGGUUAAGACUCAGCGCAUCGUUGACCGGCUUGAUCCCACAUCUUCGAUUUCGUCAGAAUUUGUCGCGAGUCUUGGUGAUAUUCGGCUGGCGUCUUCACUUGAUCUGAUAUACCAUCAUCCGUCGCUCGCGCCCCUUACUGGAGUUGUUAGGGUGAGGUAUUGCGGAGCGUUCGUAUAUGAUGGGUACUUGCUAUUGGUGAAGGUACGGAAAAAUAAGAAUUUUUUGCCUUUACAUUGGCUCUCGCUUGGGAACGUGGAGGUGGAGGAUGUGACUGAAGAACCAGGGCUUCUUCCGCAUUCUUUCAAAAUUAAGGUGGCAGAUCAUACCCUGGAACUUGGAGCCUCAUGCAUUGGCGAGAAAGACGUUUGGCUACGCACCCUAAUUACGAUUCGAUCAACAUGCUCCUCCGGUGAAUCUGGUCCACCUCGGAAACGGCGCCAAUCCAUACUUGCAUCCACUGGUUUCUACGUCCCUUCAGGCCACUCUUCGCAUGCUACUCUACCUGCCACAAUCUCUUUCAUUUCCUCUACGAAACUUGGGGCUUCUCCAGUUUCCGAGAUCGAGUCGAGACCGGUGCUCGCAGAGCCAGUUGCACCGUCCAAGAUGGAACGCCAAUGGACCACUACUAGCAAGCGAGCUUCGGCAGGGAAACGUUCGAGCAUAUUUUUGUUGGAUACCUUUACUACGACAUAUCGACGUGUUGCUGCCACGGAACGUCUACUGGUCGAUCGAACGCUGACGGAUAUGUGGUCAAGCGAGUGCAUCUCUAUUCGGACCCAGGCUCAACUUCGCGGAGAACUUUUCAGUCAUCCGAAGCCCCACAGGCCAGCUUCGACACAGGAUCUGACGGAGAGAGGGCCUUGGUCGAAGGCGGCUACCUCAUUCCCCGGACCCACUCAUACAUCACUUAGUAAGAAAGCUGCCACCUCAACAUUGUAUGCUCGUGUUCGGCGUCAAUCUGCUCCCCCUUCCCCACCUCGGCAUCACAAGACUUGUUCUGUGCCUUGUGGUUCGUCUGAUCCAGAUGAGCUUAGAGGUCAUUCGCCGAUUCGUAAGCGAAUGGUUGCUUCCGAUAAAUUAGGGGAUCCGGUUCUGCGAGAACCUGAUAACUUUGGAUAUAUGGUAUGGCCCCAGGAGAUCUCUGACGAUGAUGCCGAAUCCUUCUGGGAUGAUGUGUUGUCAGUUACCCGGACUAAGCUUAUGAGUGAGGACACUCAAUUCCCUCGAAACGGCAAUACGGUUACGGAGGUAAAAUCUGAUGUCGACUCGGCCGAUGUCCCUCUUCCAGAAUGCAAACUAACACUCCCGCCUGAAAGAAUUCCAGACCAACCCCCUUCGAAAAGAUCUUCCUUUCUGACGCGCGCAGACUUCCGCAAUUCUUCUCAAGUGAGAUCUAGUAGCCCAAUCCGCUCAUCUCGAAGCACACGAAAUGGUCACGAUUCAUUCUUAUCACCUUACUGGACCAAAACUUCGGUUGUAUUGCGAUCAGCGUCCCCUAUCCACUUUGAACCUUCCCCGGUCGUGUCACCCUUUCCAAACUCUACUCCACCCCCACUUCCAGAUCCACCGGAGGAUAUGACUGGCAGAUCUCGUUCAGCGAUUGACUUGUGCAGAUUGGAGCCUCUCCCAAGCUCUAGCCGAAAGAUGACAACGUCCUCAACUUCAAGCUCUUCAAGUGCCACUUCGCACUCCGCACGGUCCAUUCGGUCUUUUUUCCAGCACCGAAAUAAAUUCACCUCCAUAUUAUAGCAUCCAUUGACCCUAUUUAUUCUGUCCUCCAUCAGUAAUCACCACCACUUAGCAUUCCUGAUACCCAGAAACUCAAGUAACACCAAAAUUCCCGCUCUCAGUCUCAAAUGCGAGCGCAAGGAGUUGGUAUAUCCUACUUGUACAAUCAUUCAUGACAGUGUAUAUAUUUAUAUUGUUUGGCAGUGUACUAGGAUUCAAGAUGAUAAGUGGAUUUCGCAGGAGGGCCCUAUUGAUCAGACAACCUAGAAACAAGCCAGCAAAAGAGAUGCAUCUUACAA